AGCGCACACAGUAUGGAAGCGGGGCGCUUGUAGCCCUGGUGUUGGACACAUCUCGCAUUCAUGCAUCAUGCACAGGCUCUGCGGAUCUGCCUCCUGCUCUCCAGCCUCCUGCUCGCCCGGGCCGAGGAGAUCAGCUACCGCUUCGAGAGCAGCACCAACAACAUGGCCAUGAGCAGCCGGGGGGGCGGCAGGGUGUUCGUGGCCAGUAACAACUCCUUGCACCAGUUCACCCGGGGACUGGUGCUGGAGGGCUGGGUCCGCACCGGCCCGCGUCUGGACGGACCAUGUGAGAAGAGCCAGGGCUGCUGCCAGCGCUGGACCAACACCACCAAUGUCAACCGCGUCUUGGUGGUGGACGAGGACCACGGAUAUCUCAUCACCUGCGGCACCGUGAGGGGCGGCGCCUGCGAGGUGCGCCAGCUCAGCAACAUCAGCGAUUCCCAGCAGAACGCGAUGGGCCGAGUGGCCACACUGGACUUGAGGGCCUCCACCCUGGCGUUCCCGUUGCCUAUCAACAACUCGACCCACAUGCUGACCGCCGUCACCUCCACGGGCGUGGACAGCAGGUUCAUCCCCGCCGGCUGCAAGGGCGAUAGUAGCUACUACGAGAUCAAGGAAACCCGCAUCUUAUUAAGGUCUCUGGAGGGCCCAGUGACCGGGAGCCUCUUCCUCAACUACGAUACCGAAUAUCCAGAGCCGGCCGUAGACCUGCCAACCUCCGAGGAGCACCAAUUCGUGCAGGGUUUCCACCUUAACGGCGCAAUCUACAUCUCAGUCAAUGCAGCCAACGCCAAAGUCGUCUUCGCCAAUGUUCCUAACGUCAGGCAAGGCGUUCUGGUCAGCGUCUCCUGCAGCUUAGCUGGGAGUGGGCCCCUCCAGGUCUUGUCGUCUGCCCUGGUCAGCACCGCCGGCUCCCAGUCCUUCCUGGCCGCUGUGCUCUCUCGCCAGGAACAGCCGCAACACAAUGCGCUCUGCCUCUUCGAGUUGGGGCGCUUCAACGCCGUCAAAAAGGUUCUUAUGUCUGGGCACAAAAUAGUCAUUGCUUCGGACACAAUAGACAGUACGCCGUUAUUUAGUUACUCUGGAUUGUUAUCUGUGUCAGCUACGUUGGUGAGGAACUGGGCUGUCAUAUUCCUUGGAGCAGAAGAUGGACGAUUGAUUAAGCUGGUUCUGGAUGAAAACAUGAAAGUACUUCGGCCAAGUAUUCUGAUUGAACUACAAGAUGAAUCUCCAAUUAAGCACAGCAUAAUGUUUGAUAAAAUAGAUCCACAUUACUUCUACCUGUUAACUGAGAGGAUGGUGAGACGGCUGAAGGUGGCAAACUGUAGCCAGUACAGUUCGUGUGAAGAUUGUUUGUCGGCACAGGACCCGUACUGUGGAUGGUGUGUGAACGAGGAAAGGUGCUCCUUUAACAGUGAAUGCAAAAAAACAAUUUGGAUAAAGUUCACAGAACAAGCUGACAGUUGUCCAAAGGUUGCCAUUCAACCUUUGGCAAUUCCUGAUACUUUGGACAAGGUACAGCAUUUUAAAGUGAUAUUAAAAGGGAAUCUUGGAAAUGUAACCAGAGAAAAGGGAGAGUGUAUGAUGAGGAACACCAAGACGAAUGAGAUUAUUUGCCAUGCCAAAUACAGCACUUAUUGCCUCUGCCGUCUGUCCAGCAAGACCUACCUUCAGCUCAGCAAUCAGAUAGACCCAUUCGUAGAGGCAUCUUUUCAAUUAACGUCCCUGAACAUCACCACCAAGCUGCAUAAUUGUUUUAACAGUCAUGCCUCCCGCGGUAACACUCCAUGUUCCAAUUGUGUUAAUUCUGGAUGUUACUGGUGGGCGACAGAGCAAAAGUGCUCUCUAUUUCCUAAUCAAAGUAAAACGCAGGCCUGCCCUCAUGUUACUCGUGCAGAACAAUCUACAGAGUUAGACCUUCACAUUUACCUGAAAGAUGCUGAAACUGUCGAAAAAUCUAACCUGAGCUGUGUAUAUAAUGGGAAAGACAAAUUGACAUCAACAGCCUUCUGGAUUAACAAAUCUGCCAUCACAUGCCGCAGGCCCGAGUUUGAUAAUGAGCGAAGGAUAAUUCCUGUGAACCUUAUCUAUACUAAUGAUGCCAAAAAUAUUAUUGACAAUCCAAACAAUAUCACAGGUAAUUAGAUGUCCAUCCAGCAUUUUAUAAACUGACUAAAGGGCCUGUCCCACCAGCAUGCAACUCCAUGCGGCAAGCGCGACCUACCGUGGUCGCUUGAGCCGUACGGCCUCGCGGGGACAGUCCCACUUCGAUCGCCGGAGCCGUAUGGAGUUGUGCGGAGCUGGUCCCGACAUCGCGCGGGGCUCCGAAAAACUGAUCGUGUUCAAAAAUUCCGCACGGCAACGGCCUGCCGGCCCGCAGCCGCCUUGACGCCCUACGCACCGCCUCUACGGGCGUGCACACAGUCUCGAUGCCGUACGCAUACGUCACGCGCGAAUUUACCGUGGACUUCGCUCGAACUUCACGUAACUCACUCGACCUCCGUGCGGCCCCUGCUUCCGGUUUGGUCGCGCUUGCUGCAUGCAGGUCGCAUGCUUGUGGGACAGGCCCUUUACUCCCAUGUGUGGGUGUAGAAUGGCUGUCUCUCUUGACAGGCUCAUGAGCAAAUAUGUUGCAAACAUGAGCAAAUUUGCCCACACCGGCCAACAUGUUCCAGCUACACUAGUCCCACCUGCCUGCGUUUGGCCCAUGUCCCU